AUGGAUCCAGCUCCGUCACCUUUUCUUGCCCUCCCUGCCCGGAUUCGGAAACGGAUCUAUCGCUUUGCUCACUUGCUGCGACCAUGUCCGAUUCUCAUCGUCCCGCGCUCAAGAGCCGUGGCAGACUCGCCGGCUUGUUUUCCAGGUCCAUUCUGCAGAUCUGAGGAGUCUGCAUCAGAGGGGGCCUUGGAACGUCAUAUGCUGCUUGGGCAGAGGAAAUGCGCGUGUCCCGCCGUCCCGAAGCAGCUGCUUCUCAUCAACAAGGCUCUCCACAAGGAGACGCUGGAGAUUCUAUACGGCGAGAACACAUUCGCCAUCUGUGCACAUGAGAGCGAAGAUUUCGAGGUCUUCAAAAUGCUCUCAGACGACGCUCUGCACGCAUUACGCCGGCUUGUGAUCCGGGUGAAUAGCGCGCCAUUCCUCCACGCUCGCAACUACAAAAAUGGCCCUUGUCUGAUCUGUCGAGCACCUGGGUCUCUGCGGCAUUCCCAAUCUAUGCUCCCAGAGUGGGCGCUUGUCUGCCAACUUUUGGCACGGAGACUUGCACCAGUUCACCUCAAGCUGGAUCUCAUCAACAACGCCCAGGACUUGCCGACCAUAAAACGGAUAUUGGGUUCAUUAAAUAGUCUUCCACGCCUCCUAGAUUGCAAUAUCUGGAUGGGAAGGCAGCUUGAUCCAAGCAUCAUUUCACUUGCACGCUCGACCGCACUCAAACUCUUGACAAAACCGAGCCCAGAGUUUAAGGCAAAACCAAGAAUACCUCAAACUCCCUUAACACUGCUACCACUAGAAGUUCGUCGUCGUAUUCUCAUGUCCACGAACCUCAGGUACAAUGGACCAUUCUUGUCAAAGGGAAAGGGGAUAUGCGUCAAGGACGGAAAAUUUGCCCCGUCGCUCAGUCCCGAUUGCAUCCACGGAAACUGCAUAAAAUGCUCGACUUCGGCGGUCCGUUGCCUCUGCCGAUCCGGAUUGGAGUGGCAGUCAUUCUCUCCCCAUUGCCAGUGUCGAGACUUGCCCCUUGGUCUCUUCCUUGCAAGCUGGCAAAUGUACGCAGACGGGGCCGAAGUCCUGUACUCUACGAAUACCUUUACAUUUUCAGGCUCGUUUCUGGAUACCUUGAAUAUGCUGCAGUCGUUUAGGCCGGAGACUCUGAAGCUCUUCCGCCGGAUCCGGUUCGAAUUCGAUUUUGAGCAAACCAAGGCCUGGGCUAAGCAGGAAACCUCUUUCCUCUCUCUAUUCUCGUUCAUUGGCAAGCAUUUCGAUGUUUCCCAACUUCUCCUUAUCAUAGACACAAGUAACGAUUAUUAUCCAUGUCUGGAAAGGGAAUUCGGCGAACCGACGAUGAAAAACCUAUAUGAUGCCUAUACAAGCAUCAUGCGGUGGGUAAAGUUCACCUUGCCUGGUCUGGCAGACCUUCACGUCGUCCUCGGCAUAUUUUUCGGUCUGGAGACCGUAUUUGAGAAAUACGUCAUGGGUCCGGAGUACGAUAGCAAGAGAGGUAACCGAUAUGCGAAGGCUGCCCACAGCUCCGACAUGAUCAAUCCUGCGAUUUCUAAUUGGAAGGAGGUGAGCGAGAUACCAUACUGGCAUCGGUCUUUCUGA